CGUUUUGGUCCCGGAAGACAGCAAAUGUGGAAAUGAAGAAGUGAACACGGUGUGUGUUUGCAAUGGCGUCAGUCACGGCCCGUGGAUGUGCUGUGUGCACCGCGACGUUGCUUAACUUUGCCUUCGUUUUCAUAUCCGGCGCCGAUUUUAUUCGCUUUGUAUCAUUUCGAGCCAUUUACCAUAACAUCACCGGGGAGACGACAAUCUGCCAAGACUCCAUACCGUGGUCAGAGGCCCUCCAGGACACUUCUGUCCUCAAGUCUCUGCUCGUGGAUGUGGCUCUGCUGGCUCUCUUCACCGUGCAGCACAGUCUGCUUGCACGGCCGCCCGUCAAACAGGCCUGCCAGUCGAUCCUGGGCUCCCUGAACAGGACCGCAUACUGCUUCACCACUGCGCUGGCUCUCCAGAUCCUAAUGUAUUACUGGCAGCCCGUAACUGGCGCCCCCUGUCUGUGGUCAGUGCGCCAAACACCUUGGAGUGUCUGGUUCCCUCUGCUCUGCUUCACUGUGCACGUGUUCUGCUGGGCCAUCAUCUGCACCAUCCUCAUGAUUUUCGACUACCCAGAACUGCUGGGCAUCAAGCAGGUGUAUUACCAGUGUUUGGGUAUGGGGGACCCCCUGUCCCACAAGUCCUCCCAGGCCCGGCGCUUCCUCUCUCACUUCCGCCAUCCGGUGUGCCUGGAGCUUGUCGUUGUGCUGUGGCUCCUGCCGGCUUUAUCCCUGGACAGGCUGCUCCUGGCAUUAACGAUGUCAGUCUACCUGGCGCUGGCACACUCGCUGGACAAACAGGAUUUAGCUUUCCUUUACGAGCAGCUUAGCAGCAAGGUGCGACUCUUUGCCGAACCAACCCUCAGCCUGGACAGCAAAGAGAAGUGAAAGUAAUCAUGCUGCUGUGAUGAAAAGCUCAUUUAACACUAAACCUGAACACUGUUUUAGAACUGACUGCUCUUCUGGACUUGGAAGACGCUCUGUGACCUUUUUGCACCUGCAUGACAUAACUGUGUUAGCCAAACAACAGUUUUGAAAAAAGGAGGAUUCCGUUAUAACGUGGGAUACAGUAUAUGUGACAUAUUGCACCCAAAGAAACAAGAACAACAUUUUGCAAUAUGGAUUUGUGGUUUAAUACGUGGUGAUUGGAUUAAUUGGUUGUUAACAAUUACAGUUGCCUUAAGCCUUGAUUGCAUGAUUACAUUUGGCCAGAACAAAUUAACCAUGAUAUCAAUGUAGUGAGUUUUUUCAUAUUGAAUUUUGUGAUCUUUUUUAUUAUGUACACACUGAGGCAAAUUCAGUGCCUUGAAAACUAUCAUUAGGACAUUUCAGACUGACAAAAACAAAGAAUGGUAUUAUGCAAAUAAAUACAUAUGGAAGACAAA